AUGAUGGUGAAGAUGAUGACUCAGAUUCUCAUGCUGAAAUGGAAAUGGAAGGAGAAGAUGACAGUAGUGAUGAUGAUAUUGAAAGUAGUCUGCCACAGGAUCCAGAAACAUGUCUGCAGAUGAACCAUGUGUACCAGGAAGUUAUCCAGGAAAAGAUUGAGGAAGUCGAGCUUCUCAUUGCUCAGAACAGAGAGCAGCAGAAGGAAAUCAUGUGUGAGCUUGGUGGUCCAAAACCAGCAAAGGCAGGAGAUGGUAGAAGUCUACCAGCAAAUGUAUUUUUGGGUCAUUUUAUGAAGCCAUACUUUAAGGAUAAAACAACAGGAAUUGGCCCUCCUUCCAACGAAGACACCAAGGAGAAGGCAGCUCAGGGCAUAAAAUCCUUUGAACAACUGCUUUCAACAAAAUGGAAAAGCAGAGAGAAGACCUUGCUGCAGAAAUCGGUCAUAAGCGACCGCUUGCAGCGCCUGCUUCAGCCAAAGCUACUGAAGUUGAGUUACUGGAAUCAGAAACUGGAAAAAGUCAAAACUGAAAUGGAGAAACAGAUCUUGGAAAAGCAAAUCAAAGAGCUGGAGCAAGAAAUAGAGGCAAUUAACCAACUUCCAGAAAGUGACUUGUUAGGGAACAGAUUCGACGAGCACGACUGGGAGAAAAUUUCAAACGUCCACUUUGAUGGACAACGUAGCUCAGAAGAACUGAGGAAGUUUUGGGAAAACUGGGAGCAUCCAAGCAUCAACAAAAAGGAAUGGUCUGAGGAGGAAAUAGAGAGGCUAAAGAAGAUAGCUGCUAAACACGGUUAUCUGGACUGGCAGACUAUAGCCCAGGAGCUGGGGACGAACAGGACACCUUUCCAGUGCCUGCAGAAGUAUCAAGUCUAUAACAAAGAUUUGAAAAGGAAAGAAUGGACGAAAGGUGAAGAUCAGAUGCUUUUAGAGCUUGUUCAAGAGAUGAGAGUGGGAAGUCAUAUCCCGUACAAGAAAAUUGCUUACUACAUGGAAGGAAGAGAUUCUGCUCAGCUGAUUUACCGAUGGACGAAGAGCGUGGAUCCCAGCUUGAAGAAAGGGCCCUGGACACCGGAGGAAGAUGCUAUGCUGUUGGCUGCGGUUAAGAAGUACGGAGAGCGCGACUGGUAUAAGAUUCGGACAGAAGUGCCGGGGCGGAGCGAUGCUCAAUGCAGGGAUCGGUACUUAAAAGCACUGCACUGUGAUGUAAAGAAAGGCAAGUGGAGUUUAGAAGAAGAGGAGCAGCUCAUUGAACUGGUUCAAAAGCAUGGCCUGGGUCACUGGAGUCAAAUAGCUUCUGAGCUGCCACAUCGGACUGGCUCCCAAUGUCUAAGCAAGUGGAAACUCAUGAUUGGGUCUAAGAAAAGAUCCAGGCCAACAAAACGCCGAUACGUGGAAGAGAGUUCCAGCUCUUCAGAGAGCAGCAGUGAAGACAUAGAACUGGACUUAGCAGACAGUUCAGAGGAGGAGACAACAAGCAAGGAGGAGUGUGCGUUUCCCAGCAUCGAUUUGUGGAUACCAACACAGACAAGUACACAGGAGUCGGACAAAGGAAGAUACCAGACUCCAUCCCUUUUCUCUCCUGCGAGUGCUGAUGCAAAGACCAGCAGCAGUGAAGCUGUCAGUGCGUCCCAUGAUGGAGACAAGGCCAGAGCUGCCGAUAAACCGUCCGAGUUGAACACCCUCGUGAGGGGCAUUGCACACCCGCAUUCGACGGACGUCAUUGUGAAGAAUCCGGCAGAAGUAAUGAACAAGGCUUCCAGGUGUGGAAAGCAAGUGCUACGGGUUACCCUGGAGGAUGUGAGAAGAGUGUUAAGAAGCAACACAUGCUUUCAGAGGAAACUUGUAAGUGGCUCUUCUGUCUUGUCUGCUCUUUUUUUCCUGGGACUAAUUGUGGCACAAGAAUAUCUGGAGUUAAUGUAUCUGUUGCAGGGGCUGCAGAACAUCACGGAAAAAACUUACCGUCAGGAGAGAGAGCGUUUGAGAAGACUGAACCUUGACAGAAAGCUUCUCAUGGCAGUGACGCCUUGGGUGGGCAACGUGCUGCUGCCUUGCACCUUGCAAACUGGGAAGAUGGCUUUUCAUCAGACAAAAGCUGAUUAUAUUCAAGAGAAGGUUAAGUCGGUCAGUCUCAUGAGCACUCCCCUCUUCACGCUUUUCAUUCAGCUCUUUCAGAUUGAUACCAAUGGCUGCAUGAAGAUUAUUCGGGAGAGAAGGCUGAGGCAGGCAGAGCUGCUUAGGGCUAAUGCAAGAAGGCCACAGCAGGCUUCCCAAAAUAUGGAGACUUCUUCAGGCAGUUCAUCACCAUCUGGCACUCAGAGGAACUCCCGAAGGGGCAUACCGAGGAACGCUGUCGGGAGACCUGUUGCCUUAAAAGCAAGGGAGACUUCCACCGCUGUCUUGGAGAGCGGUGCUCCUGCCACGCAGGGAGCUCUUCCAGCCCAAGCCCAAAGGCAGAAGCCUAAAACUGUCUCGGAAUUACUGAGAGAGAAGCGGCUACGAGAAUCCCGGGCGAAGAAAGCUCUGCAGAGGACAGUAUUUGUUGCCCCACAGAUGCUGGUUUCGGCACCUCUGAUAAUCCAGCACCCACCACAGCAAAUCAUUCCUUCUGCACAAGCAGGGAGCAAACCCGCAGCAGUUGGUUGUACAAAUAGCCAAGUUCGGUCUGCACCAGCUCCAUUGCCGGCAUUUGCUUCUGUUGCAGGUUCAACUUCUGCCACUAUCGUGCUAGAAAACCAUUCCUCAUCAGUGCCAGAAGCUGGGGAAAGCCCUGGUUCCUCACAAGGGACAGAACCACAAUCCAGUAAGGAACUACAAGAGCAAGCUUUGGAAAGUAACCCCGAAGGAAGGGUUUUUCCGGGCGUGAAUCCCACUACAGCGGAGGAGGCUCCAAAUCAGGGAGGGUGCAAUGGUCGGGUCCUAGCUGGUAGCUCAGCUUCAGUAGUGUUGCAAAACCAAGCUUUUGUGCCACGUCAGAUUACAGUGGUGCCUGUUGGCCUUGAGUCUGGUACCAACAAAUUGUCUCUUCCCACACCGGUUGCCUGUGAGCUGAAUAGUAAUGGCCCACAACAGCAGCCAGUCAAUCUGUUGCCUGCUCUUGUAACUCCGCAAACUGGGUCGCCUUUGCUUCCCAACAGCAUCCUGCCUUUCACGUGGGUCGUAACGCCACAGGCUUUGCUCCCCACCGCCAUACAAACGGUGGUGGGUGUUCCCCAAGGACUGCCAGCUGCUGCUGUGAGAAGCCAAUGUCAGACAACUGUGACUUCCAACGGCAAUGCCUCUAGCUUAGGAGUGCCUCCUGUAUCAGCUGGAGGAAAUACGCCUCACCCCAGCAGUGCCCAGUUAGCAGGAGGAGUGCCUUUGGGAAAGACAGCUAACCAGUCCACAGGUCUCUUACCUGUGCCCUCGGCGAGUCCGGGAUGCACCACAUCCAGCGUUCCUGCUGCAACACCUCCGUGUUCGGAUGGCUCCCCCAAGGCUUCUGACUCCUCUGCAGCUCGGAGCACUCUUCCAGCGGAUGUGCCCACCCUGCAGGCUGUGCUGCUACCCCAAACCCAGCUACCUGCAAGCACUCAAGGGUCUGAUUCCCAAUGCGUGCCGAGCCUCGCUAGCUUGGGAAAGAGCCAUGACUCCGUUAAAACCAACGGAUCAUCUUCCAAUCCAGGUAUCGCCGUGAAAGGGGUUGUGCUCCAGCCGGGAGAGCCAGUUCCCCAUAACAGUGUCCCAAGGAACUCUCCUUGCUUUGCUGCACAAGCGUUGAGGAAUAGACCCAUUGCCUCCAAACCCCCGACCACGCAGCCUGCUGACAGUCCACCCCAGCCGACCACUUCCAGUGCAGAAAAGAAUCAACUCGACUUUAGCCUGAUUUCCCUUGAAGAUGAGGGGCUAGUGAAGGAGUGGCUGAAUGGGAAACGAGGUGUCCAGGUACCGUCGCUGCAAACCAGGUUGCCUUAUUUGCCACCUUUUCUGUGCAACUUGAAAACCCUCUCGAAGCUACUUCUGCAGAAGGCGGCUCUAGAAGAGCAAGCGGCGUGUCUCCUGCCUCCUGAUGCCAGUCGGGGUGAAGGCGCUGGGGUUGACUUUCACGCUAUCGGAGAGCUGGUGCAGCAGAAACUCGGCGAUAACCCUGCUUACCUCCUACUGAAAGCCAGAUUCCUCGCAGCCUUUACUCUCCCAGCCGUACUAGCGACUCUGCCUCCUCCAAAAGUGACAACGACUCUGUCAGCCAGCAGGAAGCAAUAUGAAGAGAGUGACGAAGAGGAGUGGCAGAGUGAGAAGGAAAUGUCUGAGGAAGAGAGUUGUGGGAAUGAAUUAACUGGUGUACGGUUGGAUGGGACGGUUGGUGAUGAGCCUGGAGACAAAGAAGCUGAUUUACUAAAUCAGGGCAUGGGAGCUGAAGAGAAUGCUGCCCAGUCCGUCUUGGACUCCUGCACUGAUGUGGCUGAUGGCAGUGCUCCUCAAAUCAGGAGAAGUGCCCGCUUCAGGAAAAGGAGGAGGCUGUGA